AUGUCCGUUCGACAUGAGAUCGAGAAACGCACAGCCGAACGUGAAAUGCAACGUCGAAAUAGCACACGUCCACCAGAUCGAAAGAGCAGUAUUCUCGUCGGACAACGAUCAAUUGAAAUUAUUGAAGAAUCUGGCGAUCAAGAACCAACAUUUGUUGUACUUAUAAUAAAAGUGUACAAAAAGUGGGGCUAUAUAAUAUCGAAUUAUCCAUGGACUGCUAUUUUUAUUUGCAUUGCGAUCUCACUUCUAGCAACCGUCAAAAUUUUUUUAACUCCUCAGAAGAAUGAUAUAGUUGGUUACACGCCGUUUGAGGCUCGCUCAAGGCUUGAAUAUAAACAGUAUACGUCGUUUUUCUCGCACGAUGGUCUUGCUAUAGCAACAUAUAUAUUUUUACUCGCUAAGGAUGGUGGAUCAAUGAUUCGAUCAGAAUAUCUCAGAGAAACUAUUGAGAAUGGUUUCCUAAUACAGGAAGCAUCACUUGAAAGAGGAGAAGAAUUAAUUGAUCGCCUUCAGCUCAAAUAUCCUAUCAGUAGUAUGUUUGGUCGAAGUUUCAGCUUACAGCAAAACUUCUUCGGUGUCGAACUUUACAACGAGACGCUACCAAAUGAUGCAGAGAACUCGAAAAAGACCGUGAAAUUUUUUGAAAAUGAUACAUCAGUCAUCGAAAAUUCAUCAAAUAAGACCUUCUCUGAUGUUCACAUAACAAAUAUGAAAACAGUUAAAAUGAUUAGCCUACAAUUUCGUGCUCAACACUUAGCCGUUUGGACAGACGACGAUGUGAAAAAUUGGGAAAUGAGAAUGGUUGAUUUCUUCCAAAAUAAGUACAAAUCGGAUCGUCUUGAAGUAUAUGUGAUGUCAAAAACCUACAUAGAAGAAGAAAUGGUUGAAGCUGGAGUUUCAUUAUUACCUUAUCUCAUCGUUGGAUUCAUUAUUAUGUGUUGUUGUUCAAUAUUUACUGUUACUGUUCGGGCUGCGUAUAUGCAUCAAAGUAAUAUUUAUAAGAUAAUAUUGGCAGUAAUGGCUUGCAUAACACCAUUGAUGGGCUGUUCAACAGCACUUGCGAUUAUGUUUUUGGUUGGUGUCCGUUUCUCAUCGAUUCUCUGUGUGAUACCAUUUCUUGUGUUGUCAAUAGGUGUUGACAGUUCAUAUUUAAUGAUUCAUGAAUGGCAGAGAGUAACAAAAGAAAUUCGUGAUAACAAAUUACGGAAAGACGAUUGUGUUGGUCAUCGGAUGUCUGAAGUACUCAUGGAAGUAGGUCCGGCUAUUUUGAUAUCAGCGAUAACAAACAUAUUGGCUGACGCAGUUGGUUGUUGGACGUCGUCGCCUGAAAUUCGCUUACUUUGUAUUGGAAACUUAUUUUCCAUGUUUAUGGCAUUCAUAUAUCAAAUGACAUUUUAUUCUGGUCUAAUGGCGAUUGUUGGUAACCUCGAAAUCAAGGCUGAAAAUAUGGAACGAAACAAGAUGGCUGUAACAAUAAAUGACAUCAAAGUGAACAUCCAUCGUCAUGACCAAGUUACUGGUAUCACUCGGUUAAAUGUCAAUCUUACUGUACAAAAACUGUUCACUCAUGACUCACCACUUGUCAAGUUGGAUGAUUAUCGUGUUCAAUAUCAAGUGCCCUCCUUCGCAAUGGCAACUGUUUUUGUGAACACGCCUGGAGAUUUGUCAAAACCAGCACAUUUAGCACUGAUGGAUAGAAUGGUGGAUGAUUUUGAACAUUUGCGAGGAAGCUGGGGGCCAGUUGGAACAAUGUAUUUCGUCAGAGAUUUCACGAAAUUCGAAAACUCUUUAGAGGCUGAACCUGAGGAUUACGAUUACAACGAAGAGCAGCAGGAUUCAACGAGUACAAAAGAUACGCUAAAAUUCAAUAAUGCAGAUCUUCAAGAAUUUCUCGCUUGGCCAGAUAAGAAAAACUUGAGUCGAUUUUUCUUCACGACGGGAUACAAAGGUGAACACUUAAAGGAUUGGUUGGAACGCGGGAAGUUGUUGCAAAAUUGGCGACGUGUUGUUGAUAAACCUGAAUAUCAGUCAUUUGGAGCAUCUGUAUUCCAUGAAGAUGGCGUUUUCCUGGAUUUGAUUGAUAAUAUGCCAACCGAUACCUGGCAGUCAGUACUAGGAACGCUAAUCUGCAUGGCAGCUGUAUGCUUCGUCUUUCUCAGAAGUGUUCUUACAGUUGCAAUAGCGACCAGUUGCGUUCUAUCGAUAUGCGUUGGUGAAAGUGGACGGGAUGCAAGUCCACAGCAACGACUGGGUAACUGCUUGUCAUCGGUCGCAUUCCCAGCCCUUCAAGCAGCACUUUCAACAAUAUUAUGUGUUAGUAGUUUACUGCUAGCAAACAUUUACAUGGCGAGAGUAUUCGUUAAAACAAUGGCUCUAUGCGUUUUUUUGUGCAAUGCACACGGCCUCAUUUUUCUACCAGCAAUCUUAUCAAUGAUUGAUCGCUUCAAAACCAAAUUAGAAACAAGGAAAGGAUACAAAAAUAAGUCAGCUGAGAAGCAUAAAAGGAAAGUACGUCCCAAUGCUGCAGCACGUUUCCGCAACAAUAAUGUAGAGGCUAACGAAAUGGACAAAACAAAGAUGGAUCGUCCUCCAUUGCCAGACCUUUAG